AAAACUCUGAUUUACUCUGUCAGUGUUUAGCUGAAGGCCUAACAAUGACUCUGCAGGUGGAUCCCAAACACUGUUGUGCGGCUCUGACCUGUAGCGACCCCCCCUCUCCCCUCUACCACAGGACAGUCCGUCUCUCCGCCAGGACUCCCCGCAUCCUCUCGAGCAGAUACCCCACAACCCCCAACCCCUUACGUUCGCCUCGAAAUGGAUGACUGCUGUCCUUUUUCUGCCGGCCCGUGUUGAGCUGGGAGAUUAGAGCAAUCAGAUUAGGAGUGCUGCUGACCUGCAGGCAGAGGAGGGAGAGAGAGACAGAGGAGGGAGAGAGAGACAGAGAGAGACAGAGAGAGAGAGAGAGAGACAGAGGAGGGAGAGAGAGACAGAGAGAGAGAGAGAGAGAGAGAGACAGAGGAGGGAGAGAGAGACAGAGAGAGAGAGAGAGAGAGAGAGUGUGUGGGCAGCUAUAGGAGACAUACGCAGCUACUCUACCUUCGCUUAAUGUUUUUUUCCCGUUCCUUCGGCCUGUUUGUGAACACCCUUGUCUAGAUGUCGGGCAACUUCAAUAUCGCUCCGUUAAACAGGUUUGUCACAGUCUGAUGACCCCGUCCCGGGGUGAAGCUGCGGAGCGAUGAAGACGGGCUCUCACAUCUGCCUGUUGCUGUGGAAAAACUGGACCCUCCGCAAGAGGCAGAAGAUCCGCUUCCUGGUGGAGAUCUCCUGGCCAGUGUUGUUAUUCGUCGGGCUGGUGUGGCUGAGGAAAGCCAAUCCACUGUACCAGCAGCAUGAAUGUCACUUCCCCAACAAGGCCAUGCCCUCGGCCGGGAUUCUGCCCUGGAUCCAGGGCAUCUUCUGCAACGCCGGCAACCCCUGCUUCAGACAUCCGACCCGGGGCGAGUCUCCGGGCUUCGUCUCCAACUACAACAACUCGGUACUGGCGAGGUUCUACGUGGACGCCCAGGAGCUGCUGCUCGACGAGCCCGGGGUCCGGCGGCUCGGCCGGCUCUGGCGGGAAAUGUCCUCCUUCUCCGACGUCAUGGAAACGCUACGAAAGCACCCGUCUGCGGUGGCAGGCCGUGGGCUCAAGAUCGAUGACAUUCUGAAGGAUGACGAGGUUCUCACUGCCUUCCUGCUGCGAGACGCCGAGCUCUCCGACACGGUCAUCUACCAGCUCGUCAAUGCGGAAAUCCGACUGGAACAGUUUGCCUUCGGUGUCCCGGACCUGCAGCUGAAAGACAUCGCGUGCAGCCAGGCCCUGCUGGAGCGCUUCAUCAUCUUCCCCAGUCGCAUGGGACUUCACGUGGUCCGCAACGCCAUGUGCGCCCUCAGCCAGCCGCGGCUGCAGAGGAUAGAGGACAUCCUCUACGCCAACCUGGACUUCUUCAAGAUCUUCAAAAAGAUGCCUCCGGUUGUGGACAGCAGCUCCCCGGGGAUUGACCUGCACUUUUGGGGUCGGGCUCUGAAGGCGGCGUCGGAGAAGAUCCAACUCCUGAUGGAGCGCGACAGUUCCCAGGAGCUCCUGAAGGCGGUGUCCUCUCUGUUCCAAGACGGGGGUCCCCCCUCCUUCACCCGGCUGAUGUCCAGCGUGUCAGGCCUCUUCUGUGGCUACCCGGAGGGAGGCGGCUCCCGGGUCAUGUCCUUCAACUGGUACGAGGACAACAACUACAAGGUGUUCCUGGGGGUCAACGGCACCAAGAGCCGCAACUAUGUCUACGACGACUCCGCCACUCCCUUCUGCAACGGCCUCAUGGAGACCCUGGAGUCCAACCCCGUCACAAAAAUUGUAUGGAAUUCAGUCAAGCCCCUGCUGAUGGGAAAGAUCCUGUACACCCCGAACUCCCCCGCCGUCCGCAAGAUAUUAAAGAGUGCCAACACAACCUUCCAGGAGCUAGAGAGGCUCCAGAACAUGGCCAAGGCCUGGGAGGAGGUGGGACCGCAGCUCUGGGCUUUCUUCCACAGCAGCGUCCAGAUGAAUAUGAUCAGGGACACGCUGAGAAACCCGACGGUGAUGCACUUCGUCGACACGAGUCUGGAAGACACCAACUUCACCACCAAGGACAUUCUUAACUUCCUGCACAACGGUUGUGAGGAGCAGCGGGAGGGGAGAUUGCCAAACUUUGACUGGAGGAACAUUUUCAACGCCACCGACCAGAUCGUACGCACGUUCAGCCGCUAUGGAGAGUGCAUCAGUCUGGACAAGUUCGUGGCCCACACCGACGAGUCCCAGAUGAUCCACCAGGCCCUGUACCUGCUGGAGGAGAAUAAGUUUUGGGCCGGCGUGGUCUUCCAGGACAUGUACCCCUGGUCCACCAGCGUGCCGCCGCACGUCAAGUAUAAGAUCCGCAUGGACAUCGACGCCGUGGAGCGCACCAACAAGAUCAAAGACAGGUACUGGGACCCGGGCCCCCGGGCGGACCCCGCGGAGGACCAGAGGUACAUCUGGGGGGGCUUCGCCUACCUGCAGGACAUGAUAGAACACGGCGUCAUCAAGCUGCACACGGGCAACGACUGGCCGCUCGGGGUCUACGUCCAGCAGAUGCCCUACCCGUGCUACGUGGACGACCUCUUCAUGAUCACGCUGAACCGCUGCUUCCCCAUGUUCAUGGUGCUGGCCUGGAUCUACUCCGUGUCCAUGACGGUGAAGAGCAUCGUGCUGGAGAAGGAGCUGCGCCUCAAGGAGACCCUCAAGGCCAUGGGGGUCGGCAGCGGCGCCAUCUGGUGCACGUGGUUCAUCGACAGCUUCGUCAUGAUGGCCGCGAGCACGGCGCUGCUCACCACCAUCAUCAUGUGGGGGAAGGUGUUGAACUACAGCGACCCCGUCCUCGUCUUCUUCUUCCUGCUGACGUUCACCGUCACCACCAUCAUGCAGUGUUUCCUGAUGAGCGUGUUCUUCAACAAGGCCAACCUGGCGGCCGCGUGCAGCGGCAUCAUCUACUUCACCCUCUACCUGCCGCACGUCCUCUGCUUCGCCUGGCAGGACCGCAUCACCACAAACAUGAAGUUGGCCGCUAGCUUUUUGUCGCCGGUGGCCUUCGGCUUCGGGACAGAGUACCUGUCACGGUACGAGGAGCAGGGUUUGGGUCUGCAGUGGGACAACAUCCAGACCAGCCCGUUGGAGAAAGACACCUACUCCUUCGGCACCUCCAUCCUCAUGAUGAUGCUGGACGCUGUCCUCUACGCGGUCCUGGCCUGGUAUCUGGACAAUGUCUUCCCAGGACAGUACGGCGUCGGCCUGAAAUUCUACUUCCCAUUUCAGCCCUCGUACUGGAGUCCUGCACCCUCUCACACGAAAAUGGACGAUGCAGAUCCCGAGAAACCAGAGCCGGAGAACACGGAGAACGAUGUCGAGAGCAUUGGCACACCUGAGAUGUUCACCUGCAACGGCUCUGGCAGCAGGAAAAACUGCAAACACCAAGGCAAGAGGGAACAACUGGAGAGGGAGAAGGAGCUGCUGACCCGGCAGCAGGGAACUCCGGAUCAGGACGACGAGUGUGGGGACACGGGGAAGGAAGGCCAGUUGUUCUUCGAGGCCGACCCCGCGGGCCUGAUGAUGGGAGUGCAGAUCCAGGACCUGGUGAAGGUGUUCAGCGGGAGCUCUCGUCCGGCCGUCAACUGUCUCAACAUCAACUUCUACGAAGGCCAGAUCACAUCGUUCCUCGGUCACAACGGGGCGGGAAAAACCACCACCAUGUCCAUCCUGACUGGCCUGUUCCCUCCCACAUCUGGCACGGCCUACGUUAAUGGGAGAGACAUUAGGACGGACAUGGAUGUCAUCCGAUCCUCUAUGGGCAUGUGUCCUCAACACAACAUCCUCUUCAAAUAUCUCACAGUGGAGGAGCACAUCCUGUUCUACUCGCUACUGAAGGGUCGGACGCAGGCGGAGGCAGAGAAGGAGGUCGAGGACAUGCUGGUGGACCUGGGGCUGCCGCACAAGAGAGACGACGAGGCUCAGAACCUCUCAGGCGGGAUGCAGAGGAAACUGUCUGUUGCCAUGGCGUUUGUUGGGGGGUCCAAGGUUGUCAUCCUGGAUGAACCUACCUCGGGAGUAGACCCCUAUUCCAGGAGAUCUAUUUGGGAUCUUUUACUGAAAUACAGAAGUGGCCGCACGGUGAUUCUCUCCACCCAUCACAUGGACGAGGCCGACCUGCUGAGCGACCGCAUCGCCAUCCUGUCCAAGGGCCAGCUGCACUGCUGCGGGUCCCCCCUCUUCCUCAAGAACUGCUUCGGAGUGGGCUUCUAUCUGACGCUGGUGCGCCGCAUGAAGGACCUGAGGAAGAAGGAGAAUGACUGCGACUGCGCCUCCGACUGCUCCUGCUCCUGCUCCAUAUGCACCGGAUACAAAGACCAGUCCCAGAACCAGUCCCAGCAUCAAGACCGAGUUCUGGAUGGGGAUAUCGACAACAUCACCGGCCUCAUCCACCACCACGUCCCGGAUGCCAAGCUGAUCGAGAUGAUCGGGCAGGAGCUGACCUAUCUGCUCCCCAACAAAGGAUUCAAGCACCGGGCCUACGCCAGUCUGUUCAGGGAGCUGGAGGACACGCUGACCGACAUGGGCCUCAGCAGCUUUGGCAUCUCUGACACGUCACUGGAGGAGAUAUUCAUAAAGGUCACUGCGGAUGGAGAAGCAGCGAAUAAUGCCACCACUCCUGAGCAGUGGCUGUCACACCGGAGGAAAGACGACGGCGUGGAGGCAGACGCAGAGCAUAAUGGCGCGAAUGGCAUGGCCCACGGCGCGUCGGACAGCAGCGCAGGGAAGGGCUCCAGGCAGGCGAAAGGUGCCACUCUGAUCCUGAAGCAGUUCCACGCGCUGCUGGUCAAGAGGUUCCACCACGCCACAAGGAGCCAGAAAGACUUCCUGGCGCAGAUCUUCCUGCCCGCCACGUUCGUCCUGAUCGCUCUGGUCUUCACCACGAUCGUCCCUCCGUUCGGGGAGUAUCCCAGUCUGACUCUGACGCCCUGGAUGUACGGAGAGCAGCUCACCUUCUUCAGUAACGAGCAACCAUUCGACCCGACAAUGAAGCUCUUCACCGAGCGCCUGUUGGACCGACCGGGCCUGGGGACGCGCUGCAUGGAGGAUGAACCACUAGGAAUGCCGUGCGGUAACGUCACAUCAGAGUGGGCGUAUCCCGACGUGUCCCCCGUGGUCCGCAACAUCCUGCAGAGUCCCGAGUGGAACCGGAGGAACCCGUCGCCCUCCUGCCUGUGCAGCACCAGCAACAAGUUGACCAUGAUGCCCAUCUGUCCCGCCGGGGCAGGGGGCCUCCCCCCUCGCCAGCGGGCCGAGGCCACGGGAGACGUCAUUCUGGAUCUGACGGACAGGAACGUCUCCGACUACCUGGUCAAGACCUACCCCAGUCUCAUCAGGGCCAGCUUGAAGAGCAAAUACUGGGUGAAUGAACAAAGAUAUGGAGGUCUGUCAGUGGGAGGACAACUUCCCAUCCUCGACGUGAGCCCCAAAGACAUCCAGACGGUUUUCCGUCAGCUGGGACAGAUGCUCAACAUCUCAGGGGGUCACUAUUCAGGACUCGCCUCGAGGGAGAUCGGCCCUUUCUUACGCUACAUGGAAAGUGAAUUCAAUGUAAAGGUUUGGUACAACAACAAAGGCUGGCACGCCAUGGUGGCCUUCAUGAACGUGGCCAACAACGCCAUCCUGCGGGCCUUCCUGCCCCCGACCGCCGAUCCCGCGGCGUUCGGCGUCACCGCCGCCAACCACCCUCUGAACCUCACCAAGGAGCAGCUUUCCGAAGUCACCGUGCUGACCACCUCAGUGGACGCCGUCGUGGCGAUCUGUGUUAUUUUCGCCAUGUCCUUCAUCCCCGCCAGCUUCGUCCUCUACCUCAUCCAGGAGCGCGUCACCAAGGCGAAGCACCUGCAGUUUGUCAGCGGGGUGAGCCCCGUGGUCUACUGGGGGGCCAACUUCUUCUGGGACAUGAUCAACUACUCUCUCAGCACUGCAUUGGUGAUUGGCAUUUUCAUGGCUUUUGACAAAAAGUGCUACACGUCACCGUCCAACCUGCCGGCGCUGAUCGCGCUGCUCCUACUUUACGGGUGGUCAGUGACGCCCAUGAUGUACCCCCUGUCCUACAUCUUCAACAUCCCGAGCACCGCGUACGUCUCUCUGUCCUGCGUCAACCUCUUCAUCGGCAUCAACAGCAGCGCCAUCACCUUCAUCCUGGAGCUCUUCGAGAACAACCGGUCUCUGCUGGUGGUCAAUGAGUGGCUGAAGAAAGCGCUGCUGGUGUUCCCUCACUUCUGCCUGGGGCGAGGGCUGAUCGACAUGGCCAUGAACCAGGCUGUCGCUGAUGUCUAUGCCAGGUUUGGCGAAGAGCACAGAUCCGACCCUUUCCGCUGGGACUUUGUGGGGAAGAAUUGUGCUUUCAUGGCGGCGGAAGGCUUCGUCUACUUCAUCCUCAACCUCCUCAUCCAGUACCGGUUCUUCUUGGACCACUGGUUAUCAGAGUACAAGCACCCUCCAGUUCGAGACGAAGACGACGACGUGGCAACGGAGAGGCAGAGGAUUUACGAGGGAGGGAGCAAGACCGACAUCCUGCAGAUCAGGGACCUCUCCAAGACGUAUGUGGGCAGGAAGAGGGCAGCUGUGGACCGGAUUUGUGUGGGAGUCCCUGCAGGAGAGUGCUUCGGCCUCCUGGGAGUCAAUGGGGCUGGAAAGACGACGACCUUCAAAAUGCUGACUGGCGACACCGACGUCAGCUCCGGGGAGGCCUCUGUGGCCGGCUACAGCAUCCAGUCGGAGAUCCUGGACGUGCACCAGAACAUGGGUUACUGCCCCCAGUUCGAUGCCAUCGAUGAGCUCCUCACCGGCAGGGAGCAUCUCUACCUGUACGCUCGUCUCCGAGGGGUCCCCGAGUCGGAGAUCCCCAGAGUGGCCGAGUGGGGCAUCCAGAAGCUGGGUCUGACGGAGUACGCGGGCCGCUGUGCAGGGACCUACAGUGGAGGCAACAAACGGAAGCUCUCCACCGCCAUCGCAAUGAUCGGCUGCCCGGCGCUGGUGCUGCUGGACGAGCCCACGACGGGGAUGGACCCGCACUCUCGUCGCUUCCUGUGGAACGCCAUCAUGAGCGUCAUUCAGGACGGCAGGGCCGUGGUGCUCACAUCGCACAGUAUGGAGGAGUGUGAGGCCCUCUGCACACGAUUGGCCAUCAUGGUCAAUGGGACCUUCAAGUGUUUGGGGACCAUUCAGCAUCUCAAAUACAAAUUUGGCGACGGCUACAUCGUGACCAUGAAAAUCAAGGCAGCUAAAGUUGGCGUGUCCCCAGAGCUGGAGCCGGUGGAGAGCUUCAUGGAGAGCUGCUUCCCCGGCUGCGUUCAGCGGGAGAAGCACUACAACACGCUGCAGUACGAGAUUGCCUCCUCCUCCCUGGCCAGGAUCUUCCAGGUGGUGGUGGCCAACAAAGAACGGCUGAGCAUCGAAGAUUACUCUGUGUCUCAGACGACGUUGGACCAGGUGUUUGUCAACUUUGCCAAGCAACAGACGGGAGAGGACGAGGACGUGGCGCUGUACCGACGGAUGGCAGGAGGGAGGAAAGACGUCAAGAUCGCGCCGGUGAAGAGGCAGGUGACCCGCAAAUGACCGAAAGGGAGAGGUGUUACUCCACAGGGCAGUCAACUAUAAACCAUGUCUGAGAAUGCGGACGGGCCUGGCCGGUUACCUGCCCGGGUCACUCUCUGACACGAAAUCGUACGUCUUAUUUUAAAAUGGUGAAUGAACUGUUUUUAAAUAGCACUUUUCUAGUCUGAUGGACCACUCAAAGCGCUUUACAGGACAAGUCACAUUCACACAGCUGCCGUCCACCGCGCUUUUUCGGACACAUUAAGUGUCUUGCCCACGGGACACGAGGGCGUGCGGACUGGGGGAAACUGGGAUCGAACCGCCGACCUCAGGGUUAGUCGACGACCGGCGCUAAGCCCUGUGCCACAGCCGCCGCGACAAAAAAUAGUCCAAAAAAGGAAAAAUUUCUCACCUGAAGUAUGAAAGAAAAAAAACAUAUUACUACUUACAUUAACUGACUUGUAUGAAUAUGUACAUAUUCUAUGUGUAUUGAAUACUUAAGCACCUUAGAAGUACUUUUUCAAAUGUUUUCAGUAACACGCACACCUCAAUUUUCUGUACCGUAUUCAAAUGAACUGUCAUUUUUAAUGGUGGUUGUCCAAAGAUGCAAAAACCUUGUUUACUAUCAUUUCCAAUCUUUUCAGUCUUUCACCGUUGUACAUGUUCAGUAUUUCUGUGUCUGCCGUGCUUCAUACUUUGCCAUGUCGUGUUGUUCCUCGGGUAUCAAGUACAAAAACGCUACAACAUGUUCUUCUUAAAGGAAUACAUUUGGUUUACACGUAUCUAUAGGUUAGGGGUUUAGAGGAAGAUAGCUGUACAUGAGGGAGGAAUUCCACUUUGUAUCUGGCCAAAUAAACUGUCAACAUGCUUUCUACUUUCUGCUCGGUGCAAUUCCCGCUUAGCCGAUUUGUACUAAAUAAACCCACGUUUCAUAAGUCGA